AUGACAAAAGACCAGGCCCCGAGAAGCUUCUUCCUCCGCCGCUUCUCUACAUGCCUCCCGUUCUCCCCCGGCGGCAGCGGAGGCAACUGCUCAGCCGCCGCUACCAAUCCAGGUCUAGAGAUGGCAUGGGUCCAGCGGCCACCAGAGAAGGCUAUCAGUGGGGAAUCUUUUAACGUGACCUAUGCUGUCUUUGCUUCAGAUGACUUUUAUGACUAUGCUAUCAGAAAUGGCAUCCUUUCCCACAGCAAUGUAGCUGCUGCAAAGAAAUUCUGUGAAGAUGUAGAAUGUCCUGCCAACUGGAAAGAAGCAAAUGGAGAGAACUGCUGUGUCCACCAUGCCAACAUUCAUUCUUGUCCUCUGGCCUUCAUGGUUAGUAGUGGAAUAUGCGGCCCAUGGAUCCCUGAUGACGGACAGAUAUUUACUCACACCCUGUCUGCUGUUGGCAAAAUGACACAGAGAAACUGGACAGCCAAGGUUGUGUUGGUCCAUGUGGGUGUGACUUCACUUAUUGCUCACAUCAGAAUUGGAAAGAUGCAGGUGGCUUUGGAAGCCAAAACCACAGUACUGCCUGCAACAGUAUGUGGGGAUGGCCUGUGUGAAGAGGAUGAGGGAUGUUCCAUAUGCCCAGUGGACUGUGGGGAAUGCCCACUUACUACAGAUGUCUGGGUAGCCAUUGCUUUGCCAAUCUGUUUGGUCUGUAUUGCUUUCAUUCUUAUAAUCAUGUGGUUUCAGUAUCAGAAGCAAAAGAUGUUUUGGGAUGAAAGUUGGAUUAUAGAUUUCACCCGCAUCAAACAAGAUGCAUGGAGACGGAUGGAGAGUGACAGCAGCAUGCCACCCAUGGUCAGCAACUCCAACAGCAGUUCCAUCACUGCCAUCAGCUCUUGCACAACUGCUCUUAAUGCUGCUAAAAAGCAAUACUUCACCCAGACUGGGAUAUAUGAUGGAAAGAUUGUAGCCAUCAAGAAAAUAACAAAGAAGACAUUUACACUGUCCAAGAUAAUACGUAAAGAAGUGAAGCAAGUCAGAGAACUGGAUCAUCCAAACCUUUGCAAAUUCAUUGGAGGCUGCAUUGAAGUGCCUAACAUUGCCAUCGUGACUGAGUAUUGUCCAAAGGGAAGCUUGAAUGAUGUUCUGCUCAGUGAGGACAUUCCUCUCAACUGGGGCUUCAGGUUUUCCUUUGCUACAGACAUUGCCCAGGGAAUGGCUUAUCUCCAUCAGCACAAGAUAUUCCAUGGUUAUCUGAAAUCUACCAACUGUGUGAUAGAUGACCGAUGGGUGUGCAAAAUUUCAGACUUUGGAUUAAAGUCAUACAGAAAGGAAGAUUUGCCUGAAGGUUUCAGUUCAUAUCAACAGCGCCUGAGGCAGAUAUAUCUGGCUCCAGAAGCUCAUUUAGUGUCAAAUUGGGAACCAUCUGCAUUGGGAGAUGUAUACAGUUAUGCCAUCAUUUUAUUGGAGAUUGCCACAAGAAGUGACCCGGUACAGAAAGAAGAGUCUCAUUCAGUGGAGUAUGCCUUGUGUCUCCCUCUACAAGAAUUAAUUAGUGGCAAGUCAGAAAAUUCUUGUCCUUGCCCCUCAGAGUAUGCAGAGCUAAUCAGAAAGUGCAGGAAAAAUAACCCAUCCCAAAGACCAACAUUUGAACAGAUCAAGAAACUACUGUACAAGAUGAAUCCCAACAAAGUUAGUCCAGUGGACAUGAUGAUGACUUUGAUGGAGAAGUAUAGUAAACACCUAGAAGUUUUGGUGGUUGAAAGAACUCAGGAUCUAAUGCAUGAGAAACAGAAGACUGAUCGGUUGCUGUAUAGGCCAGUGGUUGCUGGAGUUGUUGGAACCAAAAUGCCCCGAUACUGUUUAUUUGGAGAUACAGUGAAUACAGCUUCCAGAAUGGAGUCAACAAGUGAAGGUAGUCAAGAGCUUACUACUCAGGUGAAGGUACAUGGGACGAAAGCUUUGGACAUUCUAAAAUCUGAACCACCUCUUGCAACAGUUGGCACAAAAUGGCUACUGGCAAAACUAUUUACACUACAUAGGAAAGAUGAAUUGAAGAAUACCGAUUGCGCAGACUGCAACAUGCAUUUGGAGAAACAAUUUGUGGAGUUUUGUCUGGGGAAAGGAACAAUGGUCACCUAUUGGUUAGAAGGGAAGAAGACUACUGCAGACCCAGAGGGAAGCUCCAGCACCACUGUCAGCAUUCAAGACCCAGAAAGGAACACUUUUAACUUGAUUCCAGGAGUAUUAACCGUUGAGCCCCUCUCUAGUCCAGCUUAA